AGAUAGGUAAAGAUAGGUAGCACCGUAGCACCGCCUUACCUAGUCAGUAUUAGCUCUCCCGGGGUCAUGCACGAAGUACGUCGUAAGUACGUAGUAUGUACAGUAACAAAGCGGAUAAACUACGGCGUUACCGAUAACCAACAAAAGUAGCCAAAACUUUAAGAAAUUUCAUAUCGAUAGUACAUAUGUAACUAUCAUCGUGGGGUCAAUUACAAAAAAAAAAAAAAAAGUUGUUAGAUAACUUAAGAGCACUUGAAGAAGAAAAAAAAAGUUAAUUUUUUACAUAUGCAGGGUAGGGUACUGUACCUAGCAAUUGACUACGCUAUCACAUAACUACAUAUACGUACGAUUUAUUAUUCGCCUCGUAUCUUCAACUCUUCAACUCUUCAACCCCUCCAAGUUCAAAAUUGGUCGUCAAUUCUUGACCUACUCCCUUGCAAAUAUCCAUGAAGAGGGAAUCAGUCCUAACAUGAUUCCCGAAUUGCGCACCUCUCAUGUGUGCAAUGCGCCUCCUCCUCAGAACUGCACCGGCUAAGCCAAGCUGCGCAGCAGUUCUUGCCUUUCGCAAACAUGCCUUCACAACCUCCAGCUCCCUUGCGAGGGUUCCCUCCAAGAAGAGAUCAUAUCAGCCCAAAACUCCACAUAGCCCAUUUAAGCAAUCAUCCAUGAUUGCCGACAAGCUCAGAACCGCCCAAAACCCCGGCGUGACCAGAAAGACAUAUUCUCUUUUCCGAAAUAAAGCACUCGACAGGUUUGACUUGGUGAUGAGCACAUCGCGUAGCUGGGCAGCCAAGAAUAAAGAGUACCAAGGCUUCGGCCUCAAUUCAAAACUUGAUCUAGAGCGGGAGAUCAAGUUGUUUAGGAUAACGAUCGAGCAAGCUUUUCAUCUUGCCAGCCAAAAACAUGCCAUUUCCAAGGCCGAGAAUCCUCUCUUUUGGGCUCUUCGUAACGCCUUCAUUGAAAGGGAUAUGACCGGGCUGGCCGACGAGUUAGUAUAUGGCUUUCAGAACUUCCUUAUGCGCUCCAGAUUCCCCAAGAACAUCCUAGAAACACAUAAGACCCUCGCCGACUUUCGCUACCCAUACGAAUGGUUCCCCGCCACCAGAGCUUUACAGCGCACAAUUCAUCUACACGUCGGCCCCACAAACUCGGGGAAGACCUAUAAUGCCCUCAAGGCGCUUGAAAAUGCGAAUUCGGGCAUCUACGCAGGCCCACUCCGGCUGUUGGCACAUGAAGUCUAUACUCGAUUUAUCGCCAAGGGCAAGAAAUGUGCUCUGAUCACCGGCGAGGAGCAGCGCAUCCCUGAGAACGAGGACGUUUAUUUCAGGAGCUGUACUGUAGAAAUGACCCCUCUCAACCAUGUGGUUGAUGUUGCGGUUAUUGAUGAGAUCCAAAUGAUUGGAGAUGUCGAAAGAGGGUGGGCAUGGACCCAAGCAUUCCUCGGUGUCCAGGCCAAAGAGGUUCACCUCUGCGGAGAAGAGCGCACCGUGGAACUGAUCGAAUCCCUUUGUAAGACCAUCGGCGAUAAAUGUGUUAUCCAUCGCUACAACAGGCUUAGCCCGUUGGUACCUAUGGACAAGUCCAUAGAUAAUGACUUCAAGCAUCUCGAAAAGGGCGAUGCCGUGGUCACGUUUUCCCGAGUCGGCAUACACGCAAUCAAGAAGAGAAUAGAGCAGACCACAAAACGACGGUGUGCCAUGGUCUAUGGCUCAUUACCACCAGAGACACGCGCUCAGCAAGCCGCACUUUUCAACGACCCUGACAACGACUAUGAUUUCCUCGUCGCCAGUGAUGCCAUUGGCAUGGGUCUCAACCUAGAGGUGAAGCGCGUCAUCUUCGAGACAACACAUAAGCGUACCAAGAACGGUUAUCGGGUGAUGACAACUUCAGAGUUGAAGCAAAUAGGAGGUAGAGCUGGUCGUUAUAAAACGGCACGCCAGGCGAAUAUAGCUGGCCCAGAAUCUAGCACAAACGAAGAAGGGGUUCGCCCUAAAUCGGAAGCUGGCCUGCCUGGGUACGUCACAACUAUGGACGCUGCCGAUUUAGAAAAUGUUAAGAAAGCAUUUGCGACUGACGCUGAACCUAUUCGAUCUGCCGGUAUACAACCCCCGCCGUCCGUGAUUGAGCGGUUAUCGUCGUAUUUCCCUCCCAACACCCCCUUUAGCUACAUUUUGAACCGGCUGCGAGAUAUCGCACAAACUUCUUCGAGGUUUCACCUCUGUUUUAUGGGGGAGAUGUUGGAAAUUGCCGAAUUGAUCCAACCUUUCCCUAUGUCGGUUUAUGAUCGUUGCGUAUUCUUGAAUGCGCCGGCCUACCUGCGAGGAGACAAUGGGGCGGUCAUAUUGCAGGCCUUUGCUAAGUGUGUCUCCCGCAUGGAAGGUGGCAGUCUCGUUGAUAUUCCAGAAGUCAAUUUAGAACUUCUCGAUCAAAACGAAACGCAUUAUUCUCCAGCGGAAUAUUUGAAAAAGCUAGAAGGCCUUCACAAGACGAUCACUUUGUACCUUUGGCUAAGCUAUCGGUAUUCAGGAGUAUUUUGCAGUCAGAACCUUGCAUUUCAUGUGAAGGAGAUUGUGGAGACUAAGAUCGAUACUCAUCUAAGCAAGGUCGACACCUCCGAGUCUAAGCGUGCAGCAAGACUAAAAGCUAUGAGGAGCAUGGCUUCGGCAUCAGAAAAGAAGAAGAAGGUGAUGCUAGGCGACGAUGGCGAACUAGACGGCCCCAAACACGAAUUGCUUGGGAAAUGGGACGAAGAUGGGCAUGAAGAACCCAUAAUCGAGGACCCUAUGGAAGUAGAACCUUUGACCCGGUCACGGCGGGACUCUACUCAUGGUCGGAAUGAUCGAGCCCAUGCUACCGCAAGCUCGUAGCAGCAAUUAAAACAAUCUAUGUACAAUAUAAGCAGUAUAUGACAUCUCAUAUACGUGUAUGUAUAAUAUUGUAUUCGUAUAUUUUGGGGCAGUACGUGUCUAACAAUGAAGCAAUCCCCAAUCCCCAAUUCCCAAUUCCUAACUCUCCUAGACCCCUUUAUGGAAUUUACAUUAUGCAAGGGAGUGCAUGGUAGCUUCACUAUCUUGAAGGCAACCUUAAGGAAGGAAGCCUUAAGCCUAAGAAAGGCCCUUUCCAACUCCAUGUGUUCUUUUUCUAGUAUGUAGGUACCUACUA